AAGUGAAAUGAUAAAAAGGCGGGAGAAAUUAGAUUGAAAUUUUAAUUUAUGAAUAUUUAUCACAAUUGCUGUCAAUUCAAAGUCCAAAGUGUCUGUUUUAAUCAUAUCUUGUGUAAAUCUGUUCAAUUAUUGUUGUUGCACUGAAUUGGAAUUCAAUAAUUAUUUGAUUUUGUUCAUUCCUGAAAUCCUAUUAAUAAUUCAUAGUUUAAAUUUAGUAUUUCAAAAAUACUAAUAAAUUAAAAUAAAUUAUAACCUAUCUCGUCUGUGAUUGAUUUUUUUUUAUAAUAAAAAUGGCUCAAAUAUAUGGUUUGAAUUUGGGAAAUGUUAUUAUUGAAGGAAAAACUAAAGUUGUUUAUGAAAUUUUAGACACUAAAAAUGUUUUAAUGGUAAGUAAAGAUAGAAUUACUGCUUGGAAUGGUGCUAAAGGUGAUGACAUGGAAGGAAAAGCAGUUAUAUCUACGGACACAACAACUACUAUUUUUAAAAUCUUGAAUGAUCUAGGUAUACCAACUGCUUUUGUUUCAAAAAAUGGUUCAUAUGAAAAUACAUUUAUUAGUCAAAAAUGUGAUAUGGUUCCUAUUGAAUGGGUCACCCGGCGUAUUGCUACUGGAUCAUUUUUAAAAAGAAAUCCAGGAGUUAAAGAAGGUUAUCGUUUCUCUCCUCCAUUAAUAGAAACAUUUUUUAAAGAUGAUAAAAAUGAUGAUCCACAAUGGUCUGAGCAACAAUUAUUAUCUGCAAAUUUUCACUUUGGAAAUAUUGUUAUUAGAAAUGCUGAAUAUGAUAUUAUGAAAAAAAUCACCCUUUGUGUCUUUGAAGUCUUAGAAAAAUUAUGGGCUGCUAAAAAUGUUGCUUUGGUAGACAUGAAAAUAGAAUUUGGAAUCAAUAGUGAAGGAAAAAUACUUGUGGCUGAUGUUAUUGAUAAUGAUUCUUGGAGGCUUUGGCCAAGUGGAGAUAAACGACUCAUGGUUGACAAACAAGUAUACAGAAAUUUAAGUACCGUAACUGCAGCUGAUAUGGAAACUAUUAAAACAAAUUUUAAAUGGGUUGCUGAACAAGUUAAAAGUCUAACUCAACAUCCUAAUAGUUUGGUUGUAAUUGUAAUGGGUUCACCUAGCGAUGAAAACUUUGGUAAAAAAAUAGCACAAUUCACACAAAAUGUUAUGGGUAUAAAUACAGAAAUUAGAAUUGGUUCAGCCCAUAAAAGUACUCAGUUUGUUUUAAGUAUGGUUGAUAAAUAUGAAGGUUUAAAUAUUCCAGUCGUAAUAAUAGCUGUUGCAGGACGUAGUAAUGGAUUAGGUCCAGUUAUUGCAGGUUAUACUAAUCUGCCUGUUAUAAAUUGUCCACCUUUAAAUUCAUCCAACCUUAAUCAAGAUAUUUGGUCUUCACUUAAUGUACCAUCUGGAUUAGGUUGUGUCACAGUUAGAGAAGAAGAAGGAGCUGCAUUAGCUGCUUCUCGAAUCAUUGGUCUUAGUGAUCCAUUUGUGUGGUGCAAACUUAAAGCAUUACAAUUGAAAAAUUACAUUACUUUGAUAAAAAAUGAUCAGGAAAUUGUAUCAAAAUCUUAAAAAAAGAAAAAAUACAAACCAUUUUAUCAAUUCUUAGUUUUAUAUAUGUUAUUGGAUAAAUUUUUGUAAAUUUUCAGAUUACCAAAUAUUUUUUAAGUUUAAAUUUAAAAUACUUCAGACAAUUGUUGUAUAGUUUAAAUUUAUAUUUGAAUAAAGUUGAUAAAAAUUUGAAUAA